CCCACACGCAAUCACCCCACCCCACAGGCCACAGGUCACAGCGCACCCUACCACUCGUACCACUCGUACCACCCGACCGCACGCCCACCCGAGCCCAAGACCGCCCAUGCUUCUCCCCCGACUCCCCCGACUCCUCUUCCGCCGCACACUCGCGACCGCAACGAUGUCGACCACGCCGCUCGAAGACGCGAUCCGCAGCAAGCUCACGGCCUCCCUGGCGCCGCGCACGUUAGAGAUCUGGAACGACUCGCACAAGCACGCGCACCACAGCGCGAUGCGGGGGGUGGCGGAUAAGAAGGAGACGCAUUUCCGGGUCGUCGUCUCCUCCGCACAGUUCAAGGGACAGCCGCAGAUCGCCCGGCAUAGGGCUGUUAACGCGCUGCUGAAGGAGGAGCUCGAGAGGGAGGGCGGGAUUCAUGCGCUACAGAUGAGGACGCUUACACUCGAGGAGGAGGAUCGGUUGCUCGAGAAGGCGAGGGAGAUGGAAAAGGCCGAGGCCGAGGCCGAGGGGAAUUGUGCGGGUGCUUGUGCCAAGGGUGGGGAGAAGGCGUAAAUAACGGAUUGCUACAUGGGUCUCUACAAGCGGAAUUGGAGGGAAGCGGGGUGCAUGGUUGAGUGUUUGAUAUUGCAGCGAUUCAUCAUGAUGAUUAGAUGCACAGGUAGCGCUUCACGAUAUUGAUUGAUGAUUCAAUGGGAUGCACUGA